UGGUACCGCUGCGGCUGAUACGGCGGGGGCCGAAGCAGACCCUCUCCGGUCGGACUCGGCGCUACCCGGGGACCAGGACACCAACAGAAGGGACUCCCUCGACCUUGCGACGGGGCGGCACAGUGCAGGACAACCCCGCGUACGUCCCACGGCCUGUCGACUCCAGUGCCGCUGUCUGGUGGGACCUCAGCGAGAAUAAAUUCAACGAGGAUGCUCCGGCUCACAAGGAGCUCACGCCGGACGCGGAACCGGAGGUGGAUCCUCGCUUCCAGGCGUUUCCCGUACGGAGAAACCUGUCCGAGCCUCGCGCCUGGUGGGAGGAUGAUACUGGGGAGGAGGCUGAGCCCCCACCUCGCCAGCCGCCGGCCUCUCUAUCGCCGGCACCAGUUCGAUUCCGAACCGCUAACGAAAUGCUCGGCAUCUAUGACGACGAUAAUGACGAAUCGAGCAGCGAGUCGCGACCGAGUGCGGCUGACGUCGACGCGCGGCUAUCCAAGCCGGUACCGUCGGCCCUUCCCGGUCCUCAGGAGUCCGUGAGCUCCUCCACAGAGACGGAGAGCUCGAGCUCCGACUCGGGGUCGUCUGUCUACCAGGACGUCGGCACAGAGGAGAGUAGUGCUGACGAGGAGCAGGGUGCCGCCCGUUCCGACGCCGACCUGCGCUUCUCGCUGUCCAUGGUACCGGCGGCGGGCAGUGACGACGACACGGGCUCCUCGGCGACUCAGUCUGGAUCCUCGGCGGCCGUCGCAGCCUCGGCGCUGGCCGCCGCCGCUGCCGCUGCCGACGUGGUGUUGGCGUCUGACUUUGUGUUCCAGCCGUGUCAGAGAGACUCGGGGUACGGCACGGCCGACCGCGGCUCCACGGAGGCACUCAGUUUCAUCGGCGCCUGUCAGGACAUUGACGCGCUGCUACCGGUGGACGGGCCGCCGCCCGAGUCGUUCGAGGAGUUCGAGCGCGCUGUGGCCAGUGAGGAGGUACCCACCAGCGCGGCGGGCGGGUCGGAGGGACAGGAGUGUGCCGACCCGUCUGCCGCCCUCAGCCCCAGCGAGGAGGAGCGCCGAGCCGCCAAACGCAACCUCUCCCUGUUCAUAAGUCAGAUGACCAACAUUGACGAGGUUCUCGGCGUGACCUCGCCCGAGGCGACCGCUCAUGAGCGGUCCGUCGCAGAGGCAGCCGCCGCAGCAGCAACCGAUAAAUCGAAGCAUUCAGGUAUCGAUUUUUACGCUUGA